AUGUCCAGAAACAAGGAGAAGAACCAGAGCACACUUCAUAGAUACUAUGCUCAACAGGAAAGAGAGGCCGGUGUUCUAGAAAGCAAUCCCCUGCUUCGGCCUAAAUAUGUUCAAAAGGUGGAGUCGCUACCGCAAGCUGAAAGAUGGAGGCAGACUGUGAUGACAGAGAUCUCGGUGAAACUCACCGACAUUAGUGAUCCGAGCCUUAAUCUCGGUGAAAUACGCUCUCUUAACGAUGAAUUGAACAAGCUACAUCGGGAGAAGCGUGCGUGGGAACACCACAUCAAGAAUCUUGGAGGAAACGACUACAUCAAGUUUUCAAAAAGCCAGGGUAUAUACGUUGAUGGUGUGCGUUACUAUGGUCGUGCUCGGGAGCUUCCGGAGGUGCUGAAAAAGGAGCAGCUGCCGGAGAAGACCGAGAAGCCGUACGUGCCUUUGGACUAUUACGGGUCUUUUCAGUUUGGAGAGCCCAUCGUUGCCGAUGAACAGUAUAUCCAGGGUCAGAUCAAUGCCGCUCUUGGUAAGCAGAUAUAUCCAGCGGAGGAUGUUGCUCUUGAGAACGACCCUGAUUUUCCCACUAACGAGGAUGUCAAAAGAAUGCUCCUUGAACGGCAGAAAGCUAUACUCCGAGCUCAGCUCGGUGCAUAG